AUGGGGUACAACACUUUAGGGUUUGAUGAAGGGACGGGCGCCAAAAGUGCAGAUUCGUCCGAGCGCAGCGAGGAGGAUGACGAGGAAGGCUCAGACACAUCGGCCAGCGCCUCACACGAAGAAUCCGCCGACCCUGCUCCGGAGGCGAAGACGAACGACGAUGGGUGUUUGGGAACCGCUGCGCCCAAUGCGGGCACGCGCGCAAGCCAAGGCACGCGGGACACGGAUGUGCCUCGAGGUGACGGCCGAGGACAUGCGGACGGACCUGUGGACCGCACAUGCGGGAACACGUUGAACCCAAACGGCGAUGACGUGCGCAUCCCGAGCAGGGUCCUCGAGCAACUUAUACAGGCUCAGGACAAGAGCGUCAAGGAGAACGCGCGGUUGGAGGCGCUGUUCUUGAAUGCGAUGUCUCGGCCUUCCGGUGGCUCUCGUAAGCGUAAGGCACAGAAGCAGAGAGACCCGGGACAGGGGUGUAUGAACCCGAAGCGUCAGCGUGGCGAGACGUGGAGUGGAGGGUCCGACGACGAGGGCGAGGACGACGAGGACGACACGCAUGGUUCUGGUGGCCGUCAUAUGCGUACCGCAAAGUCCCCUAUUCUGCAACGCGCGCUGGACCGCCUGCCGCAUAGCUUCGCUUGCUUGGCGUUGGCGGCUGACAAGUCGCAACGCGCGGACCUCAACAAGACGCUCUCUGAGUGGAAGACGCGGGCCGCCGCCCGCGUGCGAGACAUUGCACUUCCCAAGCUCGGCUUGUUCCGCGACGACAGGGACGCAUCCAGCCCGUGGGCACCAGAGAAGGAGCGCAGUAUCGAGAAGAUCCGGGAGCACAUUGCGCUUGGCGCUGACCGCCCUGGUGAGUGCCAUGAAGACAGCAGGUGGGGUCGCCUACGUGUUGAUCGGGACGGCAUGCCGUUUGCCUCUCGGGCGUUCGCGACAUGCGCGAAGGCUGCAUUCAGGCCUAAGAAGGCCGGGCUGGUGAUGACUCUGAAGGUGUACCACCUGGCCUGGUUGGAGCAUGUGGUCUCCAACUGCGUCCUCUACGGGGAGGAGAGGAAAGGCCGGCUUUCCAACUCGGCCGGGGGAAACGCCCACGUUGUGGACGGCCUCAAGGUCCUGGUGAAGGAGGUCGUGGAGAGGGCGAUCCGGAUCUGCAACCCGGAGCGCAAGGCGUGGACCUGGGGCCGCCAUGGACUGCGCAUCUCUGCCCGCGCCCUGGAGCACAUGAAGCCCACCGCCGCAGCUCAGUCCGAAGACCUCGUGGGGGAUGACGACCUUUCGGCGUCAGUUGGUGCUGAGUAG